AAAAUUAUCCUCAACUUUGGUUCUAUAUUUGGCUGUGUCUCUCAGCCUCUUUUUUUUAUUUCAUGUGCCGGCCACAGCCAGUGGAGAACAGCACCUCGGCUCCCAGUGAAACCCUAUACUUUCCCCUUCUGCUGUUCCCUCCCACUCUGUCCAACCAUCUGAAAGGUUUCUGGAGAUACCUUCAAACUCUUCUUAAAAACUCUGUACACUGGAUGCACACCCUGGAAUAAAUAAGAAGCUCUCCUGGAUUUGUGGUGUCUGCAGUGGGGAAUAUUUUGGAUUAUUUUCCCCUAAUGAUGCUGCUGCUGUGCUGAUUCAGAGUGUGAGCGCUGGAGGCAGAGAGAGAGUGAUUCCUUCAGUCAGACUGACUCACCGGCCAGACUGAGGAGCUUGAUGGUCGUAGUAAGCUGAGCAAAACAGAACCAAGACAAGGCGGAGAUGGAAUUUCGACUGGGAUUUAGGAUCGCCCUGGUCUGGUUCGUCCUGGCCCUGACUCUUUCCGGAGAGGGAGUAGAAGCACAGAGGGCAGGUUGUAAAAACGUCCACUAUGACUUGGCAUUUAUAAUAGAUACCUCAUCCAGUGUGGGAAAAGAAAAUUUUGAGAAAAUUAGGCAAUGGGUUGCAAACUUGGUAGAGUCAUUUGACAUAGCGCCUGACAAAACUAGAGUGGCAGUGGUUCGCUACAGUGAUAAACCAACCACUGAGUUUACCCUGGGGAGAUACAGGACCCUGGAAGAUGUGAAGCAGGCUGCCCGGAACAUACGCUACCUGGGAGGAAAUACAAUGACUGGCGAUGCUAUCAACUACACCACCGACAACAUCUUCACGGAGAGUAGCGGAGCAAGGCCGCUCGCUCGAGGCAUUCAAAAGGUGGCCAUUCUGCUAACAGAUGGCCGAAGUCAGGAUUAUGUUCUGGAGCCCUCCAGGUUAGCCGCCAAAGCUGGAAUCCGGAUGUUCGCUGUUGGCAUUGGGGAGGCUCUGAAGGAAGAGCUGGAGGAAAUCGCGGCUGAGCCAAAGAACGCCCAUGUCUUUCACGUGACUGACUUCAACGCCAUUGAUAAAAUUAGGGGCAGGCUAAGGAGGAGGCUCUGCGAGAAUGUCCUGUGUCCAAAGAUGAAGGUUCAACCUGAUCGCUUUAAGCCCAACAGCACCAGUUAUGGUCUGGAGGAGGUUCCAGGGUUCGACCUCAUGAAGUACUUCAACGUUAAGGACAUCCUGGGGGCCAGGCUUGAUGAAGGCCAGAGUUCAUAUGUUCGCCUUGGGACAAUGCCAAUAGUCCAACAAACAGAGGAUGUGUUUCCUCAGGGCUUACCAGAUGAAUACGCUUUUGUGACCACAUUCAAAUUCAGGAAAACCUCAAGACGAGAGGACUGGUACCUCUGGCAGAUUUUUGACAAAUAUGGAAUCCCACAGGUUUCCAUACGUCUGGACGGUGAGAACAAAGCAGUGGAGUACAACGCAGUGGGGUUGACGAAAGAUGCUGUCAGAUCUGUGUUUAAGAACCCUGAAGUAGACAACCUCUUUGACCGCAACUGGCACAAAAUAGCCCUCAGUGUGGAUGCCAAGUCUGUGGCCCUGUACCUGGACUGCAAACACAUCCAGACUUUGCCGAUCGAAGACCGUGAAGACAUAGACAUUCAGGGGAGGACAGUGAUUGGGAAGAGGCUGUACGAUAGUGUUCCGAUAGAUUUUGACCUCCAGAGGAUGAUGAUUUACUGUGAUUCCAAACACGCAGAGCUAGAAACCUGCUGUGAUCUUCCUAAUGGGCCUUGCCCUAAGAAGGUUGUGACAGAGGCUCCUCCGAUAUGGAUCCCCACACCAACACCGACUGUUGCAGAGCAGAAAAAAGGCCCUGAAGCGAACUGCUCCUGCCCUCCAGGGACGAAGGGAGACGUCGGCCCACGUGGUUUUCCAGGUCUAAAGGGUGACAAGGGUGACAUUGGCCCUAAGGGGGCCUUCGGACCACCAGGCAUCAAAGGGGAAAAAGGAGACUCUGGCAAACUGACCUCUGUCAAAGGUGACAGAGGGGAGAAGGGUGAUAGAGGGAUGAUAGGGUUAACAGGUCCUCCUGGACAAAAGGGGGAGAAGGGUACCGGUGGUGUGCCUGGUAUUGAUGGUCUAACUGGUGACAAAGGAGACAAAGGAGAAGCAGGCAGACCUGGAGCUGCAGGGUUACCAGGUCCAUCUGGACAGAAGGGAAUCCAAGGAGAUGCUGGAACUCCAGGUUCACCCGGACCGAAGGGCGUGGUUGGUGAUUCUGGUGUGAAAGGAGAAAAGGGAAAUCCAGGAGCGGGUGUAAGCUAAAAUGAAAAACCUUCUCAGUGGAAACCAGAGAGACAGACUUCC